AUGCCGAGUCGUGCGCAGCUUCUCUCUCCGCGUGUCCUCUCUGUAUGCCUCCGCGGCGGGUCGCGGCUCAGCGCGGCGCAGCUGCGGCCUUCCUGCCGCGCUCCGGAGUUGUUCGCGGGUCGCUCGACGCGUGUUGAGGCGUUUUCCUCCGCCUCCUUUUGUCCUCUUCUCGCUUCUGCAGCAUCGUCUUUUUUCUCGUGGGCGAACGAGCCUCGUGCUUGCGAGACUCGAACCUUUGCGUCGCUCUCGCUGAAGGAGGGCAUCUGCGGCACCGAUGCAACGAACAGCAUCAGGAGCUCCGCGCGCCUCAAGCGCAUCAUGUACAGAUCCAAGCAGAGAGGCUGGGCUGAGAUCGACCUCCUCCUCGGCGCCUACGCAGACCAAGAACUUCCGUCGAUGAGUCCGCAGGACGUGGACGAAUUUGAGAAGAUCUUGGAAGAGGAGAACGUGGUGCUUUACGACUCUCUCAUCGGGAAGGACUUCAAGCAGCGGGUGCCGGCGCCUGCACACCUGGCAGACUUAAAGCAGUGGAAGCAGCUUAGCGCAUUCAUCGAGGCGCGGCGAAGGUCGCAGAAGACCGAAGCGCAGUAG